AUUUAAAAAUGUGAAUUAUCAAUUGUUUUAACUUUUUUUGUUAUUAUAAUCUCAUAAAUAAUAAGUUCUGUUUUUGUCUGAUUUAAUAAUCGUGGCAGGGAGUAAUUAACUAAUUAAUUGUAUGUGGUUUGUAACCUCACAUCUCUAAAUGGCUACUCGAUUUUGAAAAACCAUCGGAAAUUUUGUGGUGUUUUUCUUUUGUUUUGUUCUGUUCUCGUUAAUUUAACACGAUGGCUGGGUCGUUUGAUCAUCACGAUAAAGAUAGCUGGUAUUUUGGACCGAUGUCUCGACAAGAUGCAACUGAUUUAUUAAUGAGUGAAAAAGAGGGUGGAGUGUUUUUGGUUCGUGAUAGUGCUUCAAUUCGUGGUGAUUUUGUUUUAUGUGUCAGGGAGGACAGUAAAGUGAGCCAUUAUAUAAUAAAUAAAAUUCAACAAUCUGAUCAAACAAAGUAUCGUAUUGGGGAUCAAGUUUUCACAGAUUUACCAAAUCUAUUGGCAUUUUAUAAAUUACAUUAUUUGGAUACAACACCAUUAAUUCGACCGGCUACACAUCGUAUUGAAAAAGUUAUUGCCAAAUUUGAUUUUGUUGGAGUGGAUUCAGAUGAUUUGCCAUUUAAAAAAGGUGAAAUAUUAACAAUUAUAUCCAAAGAUGAGGAUCAAUGGUGGACUGCACAAAAUAAUUUGGGUCAAAUUGGAUCAAUUCCAGUACCUUACGUACAAAAAUACGAAGAAAAUAAUCAUUCAAGUAUUGAAAAUUCGCGACCUGGGUCUGGAGGACCUGCACCAAUGAAUCAAGCAGCUCAACAAGUUGAAGCCCAAAUUAGACGAAGUCAAUUAAAUAGAAAAUUGCCGGCUCUGGCUCGCGUAAAACAGGCGCGUGUACCAAAUGCGUACGAUAAGACUGCUUUAAAAUUAGAAGUUGGUGAUAUGAUAAAAGUAACAAAAAUCAAUAUAAAUGGUCAGUGGGAGGGUGAAUUACGUGGUAAAAUAGGUCAUUUCCCAUUCACGCACGUCGAAUUCGUUGAGAACGAUGACACGCAGAAUGAGGACAGUUAGUCUUUUAGUACUUUUUAUCCAAUUUUUAUUAUUAUUUUCAAAAUUUUUAUUUUUUGAAAAUUUUGAUUCCUUUUUGCCAAAUUCUCUCAUCUUUAAGUUUAAUUAUUUUUUUGUUUAAAUAAUUUGUUCGCAUAUUCUAAUUUUUAUAAUUCAUGCGAAAAUUUGCGUCGUUAAAAAUCAUUUUACAAGAGUUUAUUUUAUUUUUUCAUACAUCCAAAAAAAUCAUUCAAUUUGGAAUCGAAACAAUUAUUUAUUCCAAAAAAUUUAGUAUGGUCGUAUUUAUACAGAUAUGGGCACAAUUACGGUGGAGGGUGGGGGAUAAACCUGUUAUUUAAGACAUUUCAAAAUGGGGCAGACAUUUUGAAGCAUUAAAUUUGAGGCUAGAUUUGUUUAGAUUCGACUGUGCUACAAAUUCAUGAUCAUAUAUUUCACAGAUAUUGGCCCAAAUCAAAGACUGCUGAUGAAAUUAAUUUUGCUCAAAUCGUUACGUCUGUCGAGAAGUGCGCCAUAGUUUUUUUAGAAGUCUGUCGAAAAUGACGCCAUAGUUUUUUUUAGAAAUUUUAUCGAAAAAAGCUCUGCAUCAAUAAAUUAUUCGAAUUUUUUGGCUCAAAUUUCGACAAAAUAUACUUCAGCGAAGCUGUAGCUCCAUUGGAUUUCUCCAUUAGCCGUAUACUUGAUUUGCGUGACUUUCUGUCUGUAAUUCGAAAGAUCCAGGAUUAUUCUAGAGUCCAUAUUGUAGAAAGCUUAAUUUUUUCGUCAGUUUUAAUAUGAUUUUCGUUUUCCUUGGAUCAAAGUUAGUCCGGAAAGUGAUUUUUGUAAAAAUCGAAGACAAAAAAGCUAUGGUAUUUGAGAUAUUAAUUUCAAUCACCUCGAAAAUCGACCAAAUACUUCCAGAAUAUAGGAUUGCUUAAUAUAUUAUCAUGGUUAUUACAAGUUACAAGGGCUUCCACAAAAACUUGGUGCUAAGUCCGAAUUUUUGUUACAUUUCGAACGGUGCUCGAAAUGAAAUUUAGAAUAAACCAAAUUUACAAUAAUUUUUUUUUGGAAUAAAAAAUUGUAAAACUAUUGAGUCUCUACGUAGCUCCAGAAUAUUUUUAAAGCUAAAUUGAGGUCUCCUAAUUCACACGAAUACGUAUAAAGGUUCAUUCACACUAAAUACCGUUGAUUCUUUUAAUUAAUUUUUUACGUAUUUUUCAUAUCCGUCCGUAAAUGAAAAUGCCUUAUUGGUCACGGAUUUGAAUUGUGUAACGGAUUCAGUGUGUACGAAUCUUAAGAAUAAAUUAUGCAACGACUUUUUUUAUAGAAUAAAACCAGGUAAAGAAUUCAAACUUAAUCAACGGAUUCAAAUAUUUCCUAAAAUAUGCCAAUUACAAAUAAAUAAUACAGGUGUAAUUUGUUGGAUUCAAGGAGGUAGAAGUGUAACUUUCAAGGUCAAUUUAAAUCAGGGUGGCGAUCGACCUAGAAACGUUAGGAAUUUUUUACAAUGUGGUAAAGUCAGGAAACUUAAUAUCGGUCA